UCACUGCAGUCCAAGCAUAAUACGCAUAAUAAUAAUUACUGUCUUUUCUCCUAUUACUACUUUGUUAAAUAUCAAAUCUACUUAUCCAUACUGCCAAGUAUCAUUAUUGCCAAUUCUCCCUCAGACUCUGAUCACCACAGUCCAAUCCGUCAUUUCAGCUAUUCUCAAUGCUUCAAGUUCCAGUGCGGGAACAUUCAACCGUGGCCUCCACCAAGGCUGUGAUCUUGAGACCCCUUUUCGAAGUUGCCGGUCACCCCAUUAUCAAUCACUGCCUCAAGGCUUUCGCCAAAAUCUCUGAUAUCCGAGAAGUCAUCCUGGUCGGCUACUACGAUGAAUCGGUCUUCCGUGAUUUCAUCAAAGACUCCAGCAAGGAGUUCCCCCAGUUCCGAAUUCAAUACUUGCGUGAAUACACGGCGCUUGGCACAGCAGGAGGUCUCUAUCAUUUCCGUGAUGCCAUCCUCAAGGGCAAGCCCGAGCGCAUUUUCGUCCUGAAUGCCGACGUCUGCUGCUCCUUCCCUCUUGGUGAGAUGCUGAAGCUGUUCGAGGAGAAGGACGCCGAGGCGGUGAUUCUGGGAACCCGGGUCAGCAACGACGCCGCGACCAACUUUGGAUGUAUUGUCUCCGAUGCUCACACCAAGCGCGUGCUGCACUACGUCGAAAAGCCGGAAUCGCACAUCUCCAACCUCAUCAAUUGCGGUGUCUACCUCUUUGCUACCGAGUGUAUUUUCCCCGCCAUCCGCAGUGCCAUCAAGCGCCGUACUACCCGGCCUCGUCUCCUCUCAUACCCUUCCUCGGAAAAUCUGGAGUCUUCCUUCGUUGCCGCCGAUGAGGAGGCGGAGAAGACCGAGGUCAUCCGUCUGGAGCAGGACAUCCUCUCCGACUUGGCGGACAGCAACCGGUUCUUCGUCCAUGAGACCAAGGAUUUCUGGCGACAGAUCAAGACCGCUGGCUCGGCCGUCCCGCGAACGCACUGUACCUGCAAAAGGCCUUCCAGGCGCAAUCUAACGAACUCACCCCUCCCUCCGCCACGAUCGUGCCCCCUUGACCCGACCGCCAAGUUGGGGCCCAACGUCUCCAUUGGUGCCCGUGUUAUUGUCGGCGCUGGAGCUCGUAUCAAGGACUCGAUCGUGCUGGAGGAUGCAGAGAUCAAGCACGAUGCGUGCGUGAUGCACUCGAUUAUCGGCUGGAGCAGCCGGGUGGGCGCCUGGGCUCGUGUCGAGGGAACCCCAAUCCCCAUGACAAGCCACUCCACCAGCAUCAUCAAGCAUGGCAUCAAGGUGCAGAGCAUCACCAUCCUGGGUAAGGAGUGCGCUGUUGGUGAUGAGGUGCGGGUACAGAACUGUGUGUGUCUGCCAUACAAGGAACUCAAGCGGGAUGUUGCCAACGAGGUUAUCAUGUAGCGAGAUAUUCAAGAUAGGCUGUUUUGGAUCUAUUCGAUGGAUUAUACAUAUUUCUCGUUACCAGUAAUCUGCUCGACUCUUCUAUCAAUACCCUUUUCUCCUCUAAACCAUUUUCUUGGAACUUAGACAAAGGUUGACCGUCUGGGCCAGACGACGGUGAUAAUUUUGGUAUAAUUCGAAAUCAGACAGACCAUGAAAUGAUAAACUCCUCAAGUACGUGUUGUUUUUGCCUUGAAUGAAAGCUCGCUGUUCAGUGAUAUUUG